CUGUCGCCAGCUGCUUGUACACAUCCUCGACACUCCUGGAGCUCUACACUAUGAUAUGACCUGAAACCUGCUUGCUUGUGGAUUUUUCUCAGUAACUUUGGGGUGCAGUAGACGCCGUAUUUACUCAUGUAAUUCACUUGAACGCGAUCGAGGACUCGUAAUAGAGACUUUUUCUUCUUGACUCUCUGCAUGAAUGGCGACGGACUUCUGGGCAAGCUCUCAUUAUAAACGCUGGAAUAUAGAUAGGGCCACCGUGAAACUCGCUCGAUCUCAAGACUUGCAAUAUGUCGAUGAUCCUGAGUAUCUUGACUUCUUGAGUAUCUUCUUUGCCAACUUGAUCGGAAAACUGGGAAAGAAGCUAGGAUUGAGGCAACGAGUUAUUGCGACUGCCAUCGUUUUCUUCAGACGGUUUUACGUCAAGAAUUCAUAUUGCGAGACCGACCCGUUCGUAGUCAUUGCAGCAUGUUGUUACGUUGCUGCGAAGGCGGAAGAGUCUCCUAUACAUAUCAAGAAUGUCGUGACCGAAGCCCGUCUAAUAUUCAGCAGCGAAGAGAUUGGGGUGAAGACAUUUCCGUCAGAUAAUCACAAGCUUGCAGAAAUGGAGUUCUACCUUGUCGCUGACUUAGAUUGUGAUCUCGUCGUCUUUCAUCCAUACCGCACUCUCAUGUCCCUGUGCGGCAAAGAGGGACAAAUCACUAUACGGGAAGCUGAAGCUGGCGAAAUGGGUACAGGCAUCGAUGAUGGUCCUCGAUAUUGGGGUACCGGCGAAGGCAAGCUUGAGCUUCAAGAAGGCGCUGUACAACUCGCAUGGUUCAUCAUCAACGAUACCUACCGAUCUGACCUUUGUUUAUUAUACCCACCACACCUAAUCGCCAUAGCCGCACUAUACCUUACCGUAGUCCUCCACGCAACAACUCACAACCAACUGCAUGGACCUCCCUCUUCCCAAGGAAGUCAGUCACAAACUCAUUCAUCAAAGAUAGCUCCACGCCGUUCUUCUCGUCCGACCAACAGCUCUCUCAAGAGACAUACUCAGCAAGACAUCGUCACCUUCCUAGCAGGUCUGAACGUCAACAUGUCACUCAUUGCUACAAUCGCACAAGAAAUCAUUUCCAUGUAUACCCUAUGGGAACGCUACAAAGAAGACCCUUCAGAUACAUCUGCUCGAAACACAUUUUCCGCGAGCCAAUUCCCUUCCACCUCAAACACGUUACCUUCUGCUCCAGUUUCCGGCCGCGCGGGGAUGAUGCGUAGCGGAAGUGUGUUCAGUGGUGGGACUGCUACUAGUAGUGCAGGAACGCCUUCUACAGGGGAAGACUUAUCGGGGUCUCAACAUAGAUUAGGACAGUUACCACAGUUGGUUAAACCUGCUGUGAUGACGCCUUUGUUUCUGACACAGGUGUUAUUGAGAAUGAGAGAGGCGAAGAUGGUGGAUAUGGGUAUGGUUGUUGGUGGGAUGAGGCCUAUGGCGUAUGAUAAGAGAUUGGAGAGGGCUCAGGCCGCGGGGUAAUGGGUAAUAGGUUCGUUCUGUCAUUCAACUUCACGCUUCUUUAUAAUGUUUUUCUUCCCUCCUUAGACUACAAUUUGUCAUUCAGUAUGGGGUUAUUCGACUGAUAUCAAUUGGUAUCCAUCUUAGUCUGCAGAUCGGCCUUCAUACUGGAUGCCGCCGUUUGGAAUGCGUUCUAAACAAUACAGCCACAUUCAAAAUGAUAGGCCCCUCCUCA